UGAAAUCUUCAAAGCUGACAAAUUUGUAUAGAGGUCGCAUGUAUAGUACCCCCGAAGCUGUUUCUAUUUUAAAAAAGUCAUUAGACUUAUUUUAGAGGUAUUGAAGGGCGUUACAUGUAUUAGUGACUGACGAUGCUGCACACUUUGGAAUUUAUCAUACUGAACUUUCUUUUGAAUUUCAAAGCUGAUUGUACCACGCACAGCUCCCCUUGUUUGGAAACACAGUACUGGAAAAAGUACGAAGUUCGAUGUUCCGAGAAUGAGACGAUAUAUAUAAGACAGCACAAUAUUGGAGAAAGCUGUCAGGAGGAAGUUUUGGGAUAUGAUGAAAAGAAAGUAAACUCUUGUAGUUACUCCUUACCGCUCAGUAAAACAAUCACAGAUUACCAGACACCAUUUACAAAGACUGUAAAUAAGUGCAACGGCAAAAGGGAGUGUGUCCUGUUCACGGAUUACUUUGAAAAAAUUGAAUCAGAGAAUGGCGCUUUAUGCAGAAACCCGAAUACGUCAAUAUUUCAGCGAAUAGAAUAUGAAUGCAUACCAGAUGUCUACGUAGUAGAUAACUGUGUAAGAGAAGUGGACGUGGAUAAUCAAUCUGAACUUCACGAUAUAUAUCUACGCUUUUCUGUGAUGAAUAGAAAUCAUUCUUGUCUUUUGAUUGGCGAGCUAUCAGGAAUAGAAAUUUUACAUACCUACAGUUCUGUUUUGCGCCUACUUUACCAAAACCAUCCUGUUUAUGAACACUUAGAGUCCAGUAUUGGUUUGUAUGGGGUGCAAAUUUCUAUACAGACAAUUGGUCUUGUUCUCGAAAUGCAAGGAUUUGAUUAUAGUAGCAUUACAUAG